CCCACCUACACAUGCCAUGCUGUGCGCUAUGCUAGCAAUGUAUGUGCUAAAGUCACAAAUAGCGCCGCGAUAAGCUUACAUAACAGAUUAAAAUGCUCCCCGAAUCUCGCCCUUGGUCAUUUCCUUCUUCGUGAGCGGGCCGGUGCUGCUGCUGCUUUAACGUAGCAAUGACAGUAACGGACAGGGCUGCUGAUGGGUGCGCUUAUUGACUGCCUCGCAAGGGGGCCGGCCCGUGCUUGUGAGGUAUAUAUAUUUGACAUGACCCUCCGCGACCUCCCCUCCGCUUCUGCCAAAAAUGACCAGCAGCACCAUGGGUGUCUCCUCGCCCCAGUAUUCCGAGUUUACCCCUGACGGGUGGAUAUCCGAAUUGGAUUACUCUUACCUCGGACUUUUCCAUCUCAGGCGCGUCCUUGAGCUGAACGACGUCGAGGCUCUUCGCGAAUUUAUCGCCUUGAAGCCGAGGCUUUUGACCUGGGACGACCCACAGUAUUACCUCCCAACUCCCACCGUGUAUGCUGCCGAGGUGGGCUGCAACGACGUCCUAAAAGUCCUCCUUGAAUACCAAUCGACUCUCUCACCAUCUGAACUUACGCAGGAGCCUACAAAUUUUGACCGCCUGUAUUUGAUCCCCUUGCAUGCUGCCUGUCGCCAUGGCCAUACAAGCACUGUGCAGUUUCUGUUGAGCUUCGAGCCUCUAACGGACAUUGAGGAACGAGAUGCUGGCGAUGGCAUGACGCCGCUGCGGUGUGCGCUAAGUGCAGCACCCGCACUAUGCAAGCAGAGCAAGCAGAUUGUGCGCCUGCUUCUAACCCGAGGCGCAGAUGCAGCAGCUGUCUAUCAAUACGGUUUAUACAUUCCUAGCGCUCGAGGUAACACCUUGACGCUAGCUGCGUCGUCGGCAGAUGCCGAGGUCAUCAAGUGGCUGAUCGAAGCGGGAGCCAAUGUGAACGCCAGAGCAGCCCAUAUAGGGGAAGGCUAUGAUCUGACCCCGCUUCACAGAGGUUGCUUACAUCACAAUAUUCCUGCAGUCCAGGCGCUUCUUGACCUUGGCGCGCGGUCUGGUAUUGCCGCAGUAGAUGGCCAGGGCCAGUUGCCUCUCCAUUCAGCCGUUGUUGGGGGCUCUGUCGAGAUGGUGGCCCUGCUACUCGCCGACGAGCAGGCCCGGCAAACAACCAUCAACGCCAAGGACCACAGCGGCCGCACGCCACUCCACCUAGCCGCUGCCGGUGGCUCCCUAGAGAUUGUGACCCUCCUCCUCGCUGAGGAUACAGCCCUGCAGGCAACCAUCAUUGCCAAGGACAACAGCGGCUACACGCCGCUCCACUCAGCUGUUGCCGGGGGCUUCGUUGAGAUCAUGGGACUCUUGCUCGCCCGCGACGAGGCCCACCACAUAACUGUCAACACGAAAGACAACAACGAUCGCACACCGCUCCACCUAGCUGCCCGCUUCGACCGCCUUCAGCUGAUGCGCGCUCUGCUUGACAGCGGCGCCAACCCUUCGCUUCGUGACACCCAAGGCCGCACGCCGCUGCACACCCUCUGCGACCGCUCUGAAUUGUCCAGGGUGUCCGAUUUGCCCGCAUUCGACAGCAAUUCCAACACUGCGCUCAUCCGCCGCCUGAUCGCAGCCGAUCCCCACGAGACCACCAGCAGCAGCAACACCAGCGCCACCAGCGCCACCGGCCCCAACAUCAUCAUCAACAUCGACUCGCCCGACAACGACGGCAACACGCCCCUUCACCUCGCCGCGCGCCACCGGCACGAACAUGUCGUCACGGCGCUGACGCGCCUUGGCGCCCGUGGCGACGCCCGCAAUAACGCUGGCCAGACGCCGUGCCACCUGGCGGCGACAAUUGACCUGCAGCAGAGGGAUAGCGGCGGGCUGCCAGAGCUACUCGCGAGGCAGGGCCGUGUCAUGGCGCUGCUGGUGGGGGCGGGGGGCGAUCUGGAUGCACGCAAGGAUGGAGAUGGGGAGGGGGAGGGGGAGACCGCACGAGAGAGGAUGGAGCGGGAUGGGGCGGAGGCGCGGGCCAAGUAUAAGUUGCAUACGAGGAUGGAUGCGCUGAGAAGGGCUGAGGAGCCUGAGCAUAAGAGGAUUGACGCUCUGCCGACUGCGGAUCAGGAGGCGGCGCUGCAUUCCUUCCUUACAAGCAUCCUCCUGAAUCUCACUUGAGGCAAUGAGACUUGCUAUUGCCCAGCGGAGAUAAUCCAGGGACUUGCUUCGAUGCUGGUCGUUGAGCGUAUUACAGAUUGAAUGAUUUAUGCCUAACCCUGACACGGCUCCCAUUGUGUCCAGGUUGUAGCCCCAGGAAACCGGUGCGUCAUAAACCCAUGCCCAUGCCCAUUCCCUCAUAUCUCAUCGCUCCCCGUCUCCAGAAGUCUCCGACCCGGGCCUUUAGGACAUAUACCGCACCCCUAUUUCCUUGGGACUCCGGCCCCAUUCGUUGACGGUUGUCGUCUUAGCCCCUGCCUUAUCGGUUUCUUCCCCUUCUGCGACGCCUCAUUCUCAG